CGCACUGCUGGAAGAAAAGCCAUCAGUUAGCUGUGGAAUACCGUCGGGGCAUCAUGUCCGUGGCACUUUUGAUUCUCGCUCUCACGUUGAUACUCCUUCUAUUGAUCUACGUCAAACGGAAAUUCGCCUACUGGGCCCGUCAAAAUGUCCCAUAUCUCACCCCUCGCUUUCCAUACGGAAACUUCAAAGAGCUGAGUCACCGAUCGAUCGCCGAUAUAUCGCGCGAGUUCUACAACCAAAUGAAAGACGCCGGACCAUUCUACGGGGCGUACUUCUUUCUGCAGCCACUGAUUGUCGUCACCGAUCUGGACCUGAUCAAAACCAUCAUCAUCAAAGACUUCAACCACUUUCCGGAUCGGGGGGUCUACUUCAACGAACGGGAGGACCCGCUGUCGGCGCACCUGUUCGCGAUCGAAGGCAACAAGUGGCGAUCGCUGAGGCAACGGCUCACGCCGACAUUCACGUCCGGCAAGAUGAAGAUGAUGUUUCCCACGCUUGCUGCGGUAGGGGACAACUUUUCGGAGUUUUUGGUUCAGGAGGUAAAUGGUGGGAGCAUUGUGGAAGUGAAGGAAUUCAUGGCAAGGUUUACAACCGAUGUGAUCGGGAGUUGUGCGUUUGGAAUUGAGUGCAACAGUUUUAAGGAUCCGCAGGGUCAGUUCAGGAAGUUUGGCAAAACGAUCUUCGACAAACCACGGAAUCCACCAUGGCUGCGAUUGGGUUUGUUAAUGUUCCCCGACCUCGGAAGACGGCUCCGGUUUAAAGUGCUGAACGAAGAUGCGAGUGAUUUUUUCCAUAAUGUUGUGAAGAGCACUGUGGGGUACAGAGAGGAGAAUUCGGUAGAUCGGAAGGAUUUUCUUAGCUUGCUGAUCGAUUUGAAGAAAACUGGAGUAGAUUUCAGCAUGGACGAGAUUGCUGCAAAUGCAUUUAUAUUCUUCGCUGCUGGGUUCGAAACGUCGUCAUCCAAUCAAACCUACUGCUUGUAUGAGUUGGCUCGUCAUCCGGAACAUCAAGAGAAGGCUCGUCAGUGUGUUUUGGAUUCGUUGCAGAAACAUGGUGGAAUGACGUACGAAGCUGCUUGCGAUAUGCAAUAUCUUGAUCAGUGUAUCAACGAAACUUUGCGGCUGUACCCAUCGCUCCCAAUUUUGGAACGAAAAACAUUCAAAGACUACAAAAUUCCUGGAUCUGAUGUGGUGAUUCCCAAGGAUAUGAAAAUUCAUAUACCGAUCAUGGCCAUUCAUCGCGAUGAACGAUAUUAUUCCGACCCGGAAGUUUUUAAUCCCGAUCGAUUCCAUCCGGAGGAACUGGCUACACGGCACGUUUGUACGUUUCUGCCCUUCGGCGAAGGACCGCGAAACUGUAUUGGAAUGCGCUUUGGAAUGAUGCAAUCCAGAGUAGGGUUGGCGACGAUUUUGAGCAAAUUUCGUCUUAGCACCUGUUCCAAUACGGCAACUCCUUUGGAAUACUCCAGCGACAGUUUUGUUGUGCAACCGAAGGGAGGGCUGAGGUUGAGAAUCGAUCCGUUAUAGGGUAAAGAUGAUUUUUUUAGAGAUGAGUCAGCCUAGGGCUGCAAAUAUUUUUAACAAAGACAAAAAUAU